UUUAUGGGCGGGGCGAGUUUUACGUCAUCAGUAAGCGACAUUGCACCUCUAGCGGGAAUUCGACUGUUUGGAAAUACGUUUUCUUAAAUAUUCUGACUAUAUUUUGUGAAAGUUGAUAAAGACACAGGUUAGUAAACGGGGACUGCAACAAGAUAACAAUUACAUCGCUUUGAAACGAGAAGAAACCGUAGAUGAGCGCUGGAACCGUGUUUUUGGAUGCAAACCGUCCAGAAAAGCUCUUCCUUAUUUAGCGUUACACGUUUCGUCCAACUUUUUAACUCAUCAGAGCGUUUAAAUGAUCAGAUUUAUGCUCGGGGCAAUCUAGAUCUACCAUGACCCAAAGGAAAAGACAGUCUAACACGCAGGGCGCCUCUCAAAGCAAGAGACGCUCUGAGCCGCUGGGGGAAGAUGAGAGUGACUUGGCUUUCAGUCAGCCCAGCACAUCACAGGUCCAGAGAGGCCUGGAGAGGUUCAACAGCACACAGAUGGAGCAGAUGACAGCGGAGGUGAUCCAGUACAUUUUGAUGAAGGACCAGAAGAAGAUUCCAGUCCGCAGAGCAGAUCUGGUGAAACAUGUGCUCAAAGACUACAAACACAUCUACCCUGAAAUCAUGAAGGGAGUGCUGCAGACGUUUGAUCAGGUGUUUGGGCUGAAGCUGGUGGAGAUCGACACAAAAAACCACCUGUACAUCCUGAUCAACAAACUGGAGCCACAGGAAGGAGCAGCACCGCUCCAAGGCCCUGCUAAUCCAAAGAUGGGGCUCCUCUUUGUCAUUCUGAGUGUGAUUUUCAUGAAACGUGGAGCUGUCAAAGAAAAUGUCAUUUGGAACUUGUUGAAGAAGCUGCAUGUGGAUCCUGGAGAAAGACAUGAACAGUUUGGAGAUGUGAAGAAGCUGGUCACAGAUGAGUUUGUGCGUCAGAGAUAUCUGGAGUGUGUGCGCAUACCUCACACGGAGCCGGUGGAGGUUGAGUUCCACUGGGGCCAACGGGCCGAGCUGGAGGUGUCUAAGGCAAAGAUCCUUCAGUUUAUGGGACAACUUCUCGAGCAGGACCCUCAGACGUGGAGCCAACAGUACAAAGAGGCCCAUGCCCCUCCCCCCUCCUCCCCCAGCACAUCGCAGCCAAACCCCAGGACCUCACAGUCCAACCACAGCCAGAGAUGAACUCCAGUCACACAUGAAUUUUUCAAUUUUUACUCUUCUCUCAGCAAUGAUAAAGUGGAACAAAACACUAAAUCCACUUUGUGUACCGUAUUUUCUAGGCUAUUAGGCACUCUGGAUUAUAAGACGUCAUUAAAUGGUCUAUUUUCGAACUUUUUUCACAAAUAAACUGCACUGGACUUUAAAGGAAACACAACAGUGUGAUGGGUGAGUGGUUUUGUUUGUUUGUUCGUUCACGGUGACUCUGGGCUUUGUUCAGUUGUGGCGUGUAGGGAGGGUGUGUCUGGGACCAACGGAUUGUCGAUUGUUGUGUUCACAGUGACUCAGUUCACUUUUUAGAAGUGGCACAUUGUACUCGCUUUUUCGGUUCGUUCCUCGUCCGCGUGGAGUGAUGAGUGUGGCUGUGGCUGUUUUUGGCUGUGUGGUCGCUGUCUGCUCCGUGUGUUUGCGUGCGCUGCGGCUUUGUAGUUUACUGAAGUCGUGCUGGGACACCCGAGUGGAUUCGUGUACAGGGCGCUCAGGAUUGCGGGGCGUGCGGUUGUUUUUUGAUGGGGUUAGAGGUUUAAGAGCGCGUCCAAUAGCCUGGAAUAUACGGUAUAUGGAGAUUUGAUUGCAUGAUCUAGUGUUCUUAGUGAUUUUUUUGACAACUUUAGGGCAGACUAGGUACAUUUGCAUAUUUCUGGUCAAAAACGUUGAAGUGAAGUUUGUGCUUCCUUCAGAGGCCUCUGCCGUUUCCAGUGGUGGGUGACAUCACUCAGGACUACCCUGAUUACAGCCACGUGUUCAGGUGUUAGUGGUUGCAGUCAGGACAGAGGCGUGUGAUGUCUACAUGAAACCGCAGUGGCCACUAGAGCCAGGACACACCCAUUUUUAUACAUUUUGGAUCACAAAGCUGCAAAGUUGCCCAAAAUGACUAGGAACAGUAGAUCAUGCUCUUAACACAGCAAAUACACAGCAAAGAAAGUGGAUUUGGUGUUUAGUUCCACUUUAAGUUAAUUAAUUUUUGUAUGUUAAUUUUGUAAUAUUUUUUGUUAUGCAAAGUUACACUGAGUUUUUAACCAAGUUCUAAUAUUUCACCAUCAAAAACAUGCUUACUUUAUUUCCAAUAUAGUUUCAGUCAUUCCCACACUACAGCUCACCAGCUUCAGUGCUUACAGCUACUGAUUUUAACCCGAUACACGUUGCACCACUGCUCUAUGUAACAGUAACAGUGAGUCCUUGCGCCCUCUGCUGGUGUAUGGAAGUUUACUGAGUCAUCUUAACCAUACACAUCUGGAGUUACACCGUGAAAAUAACAAGGCUUCUUAAACAUCCAAACUGAUACUUUGCACUGACUGGGGGUGUUCUACAUAUAUGUGUAUGACGGAAUGUUCAGCAGUUAUCAUGACAAGACAUUGCACACAUUUGCAAACACUAUCAAAAAAGUUUUGAGAUUGAAAGCUCAAGACAAAAUUGAUUUAAACAGCACAUUUUCAGGAGCCUGUGAGCAAUACGAGUGUUUGAGUUUCAACAAAAAGGUGGGAGUGACUGAAAAAGUGUUGGCUAAGGCUAGUUAAAUUCUUUCUGGUCGGAUUGUGCUGAAAUAAAGUUGAGACCGAGCAGUGCCUACAGUUAGCGUCAUACCCCCUGGGAAUGUUAACGACAUCAGCAAGAAGGUAUCGGUUGGUGCAUUAGGAAGAACCUUUGAACAUGUUUGGUUUUACACUUUAAGCUCAGUUUUGUGCACAGUGCCAUAAAUGACACACGUUUUCACAUUCAUUUUAUUGCACUUUUAUCAAAUUAAAUAUUCUGUAAAAACAUGAAAA